AUGGACCUGCCCAGGGGCCUCCUGGUGGCCUGGGCCCUCAGCCUGUGGCCAGGGUUCACGGCCACCUUCAACAUGGACACCAAGAAGCCCCGAGUCAUCCCGGGCUCCAGGGCCGCCUUCUUUGGCUACACGGUGCAGCAGCAUGACAUCAGCGGCAGGAAGUGGUUGGUUGUUGGCGCCCCACUGGAAACCAACGGCCACCAGAAGACAGGAGACGUGUACAAGUGUCCAGUGACCGAAGGGAACUGCACCAAGCUCAACCUGGGAAGGGUCACCCUAUCCAACGUGUCCGAGAGGAAGGACAACAUGCGUCUCGGCCUGAGCCUGGCCACCAACCCCAAGGACAACAGCUUCCUGGCCUGCAGCCCCCUCUGGUCGCACGAGUGUGGGAGUUCCUACUACACCACAGGGAUGUGUUCACGAGUCAACUCCAACUUCAGGUUCUCCAAGACUGUGGCCCCAGCUCUCCAAAGGUGCCAGACUUACAUGGACAUCGUCAUUGUCCUGGACGGUUCCAACAGCAUCUACCCCUGGGUGGAGGUUCAGCACUUCCUCAUCAACAUCCUGAAGAAGUUUUACAUUGGCCCCGGGCAGAUCCAGGUUGGAGUCGUGCAGUAUGGAGAAGACGUGGUACACGAAUUUCACCUCAACGACUACAGGUCUGUAAAGGACGUGGUGGAAGCUGCCAGCCACAUUGAGCAGAGAGGAGGAACAGAAACCCGGACAGCAUUUGGAAUUGAAUUUGCCCGAUCAGAGGCUUUCCAGAAGGGCGGAAGGAAAGGGGCCAAGAAGGUGAUGAUUGUCAUCACAGAUGGGGAGUCCCACGACAGUCCAGACCUAGAGAAGGUGAUCCAGCAAAGCGAGAGGGACAACGUGACCAGAUACGCCGUGGCCGUCCUGGGCUACUACAACCGCAGGGGGAUCAAUCCAGAAGCUUUUCUGAACGAAAUUAAAUACAUCGCCAGUGACCCCGACGACAAGCACUUCUUCAACGUCACUGAUGAGGCAGCCCUGAAGGACAUUGUCGAUGCCCUGGGGGACAGGAUCUUCAGCUUGGAAGGCACAAAUAAGAAUGAAACCUCCUUCGGGCUGGAGAUGUCACAGACGGGCUUUUCCUCUCACGUGGUGGAGGACGGGAUUCUGCUGGGAGCCGUGGGUGCUUAUGACUGGAACGGAGCUGUGCUGAAGGAGACCAGCAGUGGGAAGGUCAUUCCUCUCCGUGAGUCUUACCUGAAGGAAUUCCCCGAGGAGCUCAAGAACCACGGCGCCUACCUGGGGUACACAGUCACAUCGGUCGUGUCCUCCAGGCAGGGGCGGGUGUACGUGGCUGGAGCCCCCCGGUUCAACCACACAGGCAAAGUCAUCCUGUUCACUAUGCACAACAACCGGAGCCUCACCAUCCACCAGGCCCUGCAGGGCGAGCAGAUAGGUUCCUACUAUGGGAGCGAGAUCACCUCGGCGGACGUGGAUGAAGACGGUGUGACUGAUGUCCUGCUGGUGGGCGCGCCCAUGUACUUCAGCGAGGGCGGAGAGCGGGGCAGGGUGUACGUCUAUAACCUGAGACAGGACCUGUUUGUUUACAAUGGAACGUUGAAGGAUUCCCAUGGUUACCAGAACGCCCGAUUCGGCUCCUCCAUCGCCUCCGUUCGGGACCUCAAUCAAGAUUCCUACAACGAUGUGGUGGUGGGAGCCCCUCUGGAAGACAACCACGGGGGUGUCAUCUACAUCUACCAUGGCUUCCAAGGCAGCAUCCUGAAGACACCGAAGCAGAGAAUCACAGCCUCAGAGCUGGCUCCUGGCCUCCAGUAUUUUGGCUGCAGCAUUCACGGGCAACUGGACCUCGAUGAAGACGGACUCGUUGACCUGGCAGUGGGCGCACUUGGCAACGCCGUGAUUUUGUGGUCCCGCCCUGUGGUUCAGAUCAAUGCCAGCCUCCACUUUGAGCCAUCCAAGAUCAACAUCUUUCACAGGGAUUGCAAACGCAGCGGCAGAGAUGCCACCUGCCUGGCUGCCUUCCUCUGCUUCACGCCCGUCUUCCUGGCACCCCAUUACCAAACUGCGACAGUCGGCAUCAGGUAUAAUGCCACCAUGGAUGAGAGGCGGUACACACCACGGGCCCACCUGGAUGAGGGCGGCGACCGGUAUACCAACAGGGCCGCCCUGCUCUCCUCUGGCCAGGAACACUGUGAGCGCAUCAACUUCCACGUGCUGGACACCGCUGACUACGUGAAGCCAGUGACCUUCUCGAUCGAGUAUUCCCUGGAGGACCCCGACUACGGCCCCAUGCUGGAUGACGGCUGGCCCACGACCCUCAGGGUCUCGGUGCCCUUCUGGAACGGCUGCAAUGAGGAUGAGCACUGUGUCCCUGACCUCCUGCUAGAUGCCCGCAGUGACCUGCCCACAGCCAUGGAGUACUGCCAGAGGGUGCUGAGGAAGCCUGUGCAGGACUGCUCCGCGUACACGCUGUCCUUCGACACCACGGUUUUCAUCAUAGAGAGCACACGGCGGCGGGUGGCUGUGGAGACCCUGCUGGAGAACAGGGGCGAGAAUGCCUACAGCACCGUCCUCAACAUCUCCCAGUCAGCAAACCUGCAGUUUGCCAGCUUGAUCCAGAAGGAUGACUCAGAUGGCAGCAUCGAGUGUGUGAACGAGGAGAGGAGGCUCCACAAGAAAGUCUGCAACGUCAGCUAUCCUUUCUUCCGGGCCAAGGCCAAGGUCGCUUUCCGUCUGGAUUUUGAGUUCAGCAAAUCCAUCUUCCUGCACCACCUGGAGAUCCAACUCACAGCGGGCAGUGACAGCGAUGAGGAGGAGAGCACCAAGGAAGACAACACGGCCCUUCUGCGCUUCCACCUCAAGUAUGAGGCCGACGUCCUCUUCACCAGGAGCAGCAGCCUGAGCCACUACGAGGUCAAGUCCAACAGCUCCCUGCAGAAAUACCAUGGCACUGGGCCUCCCUUCCACUGCGUUUUCAAGAUCCAAAACUUGGGCUUGUUUCCCAUCCACGGGGUGAUGAUGAAGAUCACCGUUCCCAUAGCCACCAGGGCUGGCAACCGGCUGCUGCUGCCGAGGGACUUCCUCACCGACCAGGUGAACACGUCCUGUAACAUCUGGGGGAACAGCACGGAGUACCGGCAUGCCCCGACGGAGGAGGACUUGAGUCGGGCCCCACAGCUGAAUCACAGCAACUCUGAUGUAGUCUCCAUCAACUGCAACGUGAGACUGAACCCCAACCAGGAAAUCAAUUUCCAUCUGCUGGGGAACCUGUGGUUGAGGUCCUUAAAAGCACUCAAGUACAAGCUGAUGAGAAUCACGGUCCACGCCGCCUUGCAGAGGCAGUUCCACAGCCCAUUCAUCUUCCGCGAGGAGGAUCCCAGCCGCCAGAUCACGUUUGAGAUCUCCAAGCAAGAAGACUCGCAGAUCCCCAUCUGGAUCAUCGUGGGCAGCACCCUGGGGGGCCUCCUGCUGCUGGCCCUGCUGGUCCUGGCGCUCUGGAAGCUCGGCUUCUUCAAAAGUGCCAAGCGCAGGAGGGAGCCCGGCCUGGACCCCACCCCCAAAGUGCUGGAGUGA